GCGUCGCAGUGACGUCAACGAACGCGCGACGCCUCUCCCUACCAGGCGCCGCGAAAGCGAGUCAGGCGUCGCUCCCGGAAGGGUGAACCGGGGGAGGGAGACCGAGCUGCUGCUGCCGCCGGAGAGAUACUGAAGGUUGAAGUGCAUGACCAGAACUGAAUUUAAACAAUGAGUGAGCCGGAGCUGUUGUUGGACUCUAAUAUUCGAUUAUGGGUGGUGCUCCCAAUUGUCUUCAUAACCUUCUUUGUGGGGAUGAUUCGUCACUAUGUAUCCAUCCUUCUCCAAAGUGACAAAAAACUCACCCAGGAGCAAGUAUCUGACAGUCAAGUUCUGAUUCGAAGCAGAGUUCUCAGAGAAAAUGGAAAGUACAUUCCAAAGCAGUCCUUUCUGACACGGAAGUAUUACUUCAAUAAUCCAGAUGAUGGGUUCUUUAAGAAAACUAAAAGGAAGGUAGUGCCACCUUCCCCAAUGACAGAUCCUACUAUGCUGACAGAUAUGAUGAAAGGGAAUGUAACAAAUGUACUUCCUAUGAUUCUUAUUGGAGGCUGGAUCAACAUGACCUUUUCUGGUUUUGUCACAACAAAAGUCCCCUUUCCUUUGACGCUUCGUUUUAAACCAAUGCUGCAGCAGGGUAUUGAGUUGCUUACUUUGGAUGCGUCCUGGGUUAGCUCUGCUUCUUGGUAUUUUCUGAAUGUGUUUGGACUUCGAAGCAUUUAUACCCUCAUUCUUGGUCAAGAUAAUGCUGCCGAUCAGUCCAGAGUAAUGCAGGAGCAGAUGACAGGGGCGGCAAUGGCCAUGCCUGCAGAUACUAAUAAAGCAUUCAAGACAGAAUGGGAGGCUCUAGAACUGACUGACCAUCAGUGGGCUCUAGAGGAUGUUGAAGAGGAACUCAUGGCUAAAGACCUCCGCUUUGAAGGCAUGUUUAAGGAAGAGCUGCAGACGUCCAUGUUCUGAGUUGCUUCAUAUGGUUGGCAUUAAGUCAGUUUGUGUUUAUUUAUCUAUAAUGUACUCUUACCGGUGGCCAGAAUAAAGAUGGUCAGAACUUA